AAGGAGGCACAAAGACACUGAUGAACACCAUCAUGCAGCUGAGGAAGAUCUGUAACCACCCGUACAUGUUUCAUCAAAUAGAGGAAUCUUUCUCUGAACAUUUAGGAUUCUCUGGUGGGAUAGUCCAGGGUCUUGACCUGUAUCGGGCAUCAGGAAAGUUUGAGGUGUUGGAUCGAAUCCUGCCAAAGCUCAACGCCACAAACCACAGAGUGCUGCUCUUCUGUCAGAUGACCUCUCUCAUGACCAUCAUGGAGGACUACUUUGCUUAUCGCAGCUUCAAGUAUCUGCGCCUGGAUGGUAGCACAAAGGCUGAUGAUAGAGGAAUGUUACUGAAGACUUUUAAUGAACCAGGGUCAGAAUACUUUAUCUUCCUCCUGAGCACAAGAGCCGGAGGCCUCGGCCUCAACCUGCAGUCUGCGGACACUGUGAUUAUUUUUGACUCUGACUGGAACCCACAUCAGGACCUGCAGGCUCAGGACAGAGCUCACCGUAUUGGUCAGCUAAACGAGGUGCGAGUGCUGCGUUUGUGCACGGUAAACAGCGUCGAAGAGAAAAUCCUGGCUGCUGCCAAAUACAAACUGAACGUAGACCAAAAGGUCAUUCAGGCUGGCAUGUUUGACCAGAAGUCUUCGAGCCACGAGCGCAGGGCCUUCCUGCAGGCCAUCCUGGAACACGAGGAGCAAGACGAGGUCGGGGAUCAGGAAGUGUGUCUACGAGUUAAUGUGUGUGAGGAGGAUGAGGUGCCAGACGACGAGACGGUCAACCAGAUGAUCGCCAGGAGUGAGGACGAGUUCGACCAGUUCAUGCGUAUGGACCUUGACCGCCGUCGUGAGGAAGCCCGUAACCCGCGGAGAAAACCUCGUCUGAUGGAGGAGGACGAGCUGCCCACUUGGAUCAUGAAGGACGAUGCUGAGGUUGAACGUCUGACCUGCGAGGAGGAAGAGGAGAAAUUGUUUGGAAGAGGGUCUCGAGAGCGGAAGGAGGUGGACUACAGCGACUCACUGACGGAGAAGCAAUGGCUCAAGUCUGUGUUUCCCAUGCAGGCAAUAGAGGAAGGCAAACUAGAUGAGUUGGAGGAGGAGGUAAGGCACAAGAAGACCACCCGCAAGAGGAAGAGAGACCGCGACCUGGACCUCCCCGGUCCCUCCUCUUCCCUGGGGGGGCGAGGGGACAAGCAUGAUGACGGGAAGAGGCAAAGGAAGAGGGGGCGACCACCUGCUGAUAAACUCUCCCCCAACCACCCCUUCCUCUCAAAGAAGAUGAGGAAGAUCGUAGAUGCUGUCAUCAAGUAUAAAGACAGCGCCAGUGGUCGUCAGCUAAGCGAAGUGUUCAUCCAGCUGCCGUCUCGAAAGGAGCUUCCAGAGUACUACGAACUGAUCCGCAAGCCUGUGGACUUCAGAAAGAUCAAGGAGAAGAUUCGAGGACAUCACUACCGCAGUAUGGGUGACCUGGAGCGAGACGUCAUGCUGCUCUUUCAAAACGCUCAGACCUUCAACCUGGAGGGAUCCCUGCAGAUCUAUGAAGACUCCAUCGUCCUCCAGUCAGUGUUUACCAGUCUGAGGCAGAAGAUCGAGAAGGAGGAGGAAAGUGAGGGAGAGGAGAGUGAGGAAGAGGAAAAUGAUCUGGAAGAAGGUUCAGAGUCAGAAUCACACUCAGUGAAAAUGAAGAUCCGUUUGGGAAAGAAGGAUAAAUCUGGAGAUCGAGGGAAGGGUCGCAGCAGACGAACAGGACGCAACAGAGCCAAACCGGUUGUUAGUGAUGACGACUCUGAGGAUGAGCAGGAAGAGGAGCGUUCCCCCAGUGCCACCGACGAGGAGUCCGGAACUGUAAUGUAGGAGAGAAGGGGGAACAAAGGGAUAUUCCACCAACUCAAGUGCUGCAUGCAUAGAAAAUAAAACAUGCCUCUGUCUACUCCACCCACCCUUGGUCAAAUGUCAAAGGACUCAAAUGGAAAAUGUGUUUUGUAAAACAAUCAAUUCAGGAACAGCACACAUACAAUAUCAUAAAAUACACAAAUGUAUUGGACUAUGCACAUUGCAUUUCACACUACUGCUCGGUGCAAAAUGGUCCUUAAAAAAAAGGAGUGUAUUUAUCUUUGUUGGGAAUAUAAUGAGAGUUUUUGAUCAGUUGUAUUGAGAAUUAUAUCUGCGUACUGGUGUUUAAAACACUACUCGGAGUCAGCUCGACUUAAAAAAAUACAGGAAAAUACACUGAAGCCAUUUUAUAGUCAUUAUAUUUCUGAGUUGCACAAUUACAACACCUUCCUUGAAGUCAUUUAACAUUUAUAAACAGCAUAUUAACAUUCAAGACAUUGCUGAUAAUAUAUUAUGAAGAAGUUGAACACACACCUAUAAGGACCGUAAGGUUUUUUUGAUGUACAGUAACUAUAAUUCUCCUAUGAAGACAUGUUGUAUAUUAUUAUAACCGUGUUUUACUUUAAAUACAUUAAUUGUCUGUUUAAAAACCAGCCUCAUCUAAUCUGUGACUGCAGGAGCAGUUAUAGCUUUUGAGAAUUAGAUGAAUAAAUGCUUACAAGUACAUUAAAGUCUGUUAUAAACCACCUACUUAAUGUUGAUAUACUGAUAUAAAUGCUAAAUAGGAGGACUUCAAUUGCUUCCAGUCAAACUAAUCCCAGAGGAUUAAAAGUUCAGUUAGUUAAAUUUAUUUAAUUAUAUAUGACAUCUAUAUUUAUUAAGAUUUUCUUAUUUUUUGGGGCAAGUUGUAAUAAAAAAUGAGUCCUUAGCUAACCUGAGAAGAACUGGCGGGAACCAGUAAUGUCAACUAAACAACCUUGAAUGUAAACAGAAGAUGUUUUCCCCCAGUUUCCUAACCUUACCUUCCCUUCCUGGACAUGAUGUUUUGCCUCUGCUUCUCUGUGGCAGUGUUGUAACAACAGUCGGCCGCUUUGGAGCCACUGUGAUUACCGAGGUGUGUGCACAUCACAUAUUUGUGAUCGGGGCUUACUGUUUGAGUUGGAAAUCCAGCCAGCUGUGGGCACAGGGUGUUUCCUGACUUCUCAGAAGCUCUUUAGCAAUUCACCAAAGUCAUUACCUGACUGAGGUUUAAUAGUGUUGGGUCCAGGUCACUAUAAAGUACAGUAUAAAAACAACCUCGCUGCUGCUGCUGCUGCUGCAUACUACACUUCCAAUAUAAGCACUUAUAACUGUUGAUUGUAGACUUAAAGAAUCAUGAGGUCGCAAUUCAUCAAUGAGUACUGUAGCUUUAAUUGCUUCUCCUUCAGUUGUUGUGUGGUGAUUUUAGGAUUUCAGUGAUGUACUUUUAAUGUUUUUUUAUUUGAAAACAAAGGACCAGAGGGACAGUGGCUCCUCUCUGCUUGUGAUUGCCUCAUGGCUUUACUGUGUUGGAUAUAUUGUAUAGAGUAUUUUUUGAGUAUAAUGUCGAUGCACGUGUGUACAGCUCGCAAGUUCAGUACUGUACUUUUUUCCCAAUGUAACUAGAGUGAAGAACAUACAACCAAAGCAUCAACAUUUUCUCCACAACAUUAUAAAAAUGUUUCUGUGUAGUGGUCAUCAUCGCUGGGACUCAGAACGUAACAAUAAAUCACAGUGAAAGCGA